GUGCAGUGCAUCACAUUUUCUGUCUGGAACGUCACCCUGAGGGGGCGGGACUAGCCUAAGCCAGCGAGUAACCUGAUUGGUCAACUCAGCUUGUCAUGAGAGAUUCCGGAUGUCUGCUGUGUGACUGGGAUGGUAUCAUGGAGAGAGACAAUCAUCAAGAAGGAGAGGCACAGGGAGUGAAGAUUUGUGAUUCACCCUCAGAGAGCAAUCCACCUGCUGACACCUUGGCAACUUCUCUUUCCCUCUUGGGCAAUCACAUGUUUCCUGACCCUGUGGAGAGAAACAACGGUACUACUGUUGUGAAAGAGGAGCCUGCAGAUUUGCACCUGUCGGAUGUUACAGCACAGGAGCAGAGUCUGGACGCAGAGCACGUUUCUAACCAGGUAAAAAAGCUAGAGACUGAGGCGGCAGAAAACUCUGAGUGUCAGAACAAUGAAUCCACCGAGACAACUGAAAGAGGAACUGAGGAUGCUGCCAUAGACAAUGACCAGAGCGAUUCUGGAGAGUUUGUUGUAACAAUGUUGGCCAAGGCCAAGCUGGAGGAGCAAGGUAUAGGUGUGAAGGGAAGGUCAUCCCCCUUGCUGGAGGCAGGCACCCAGGAGUCUCCUUCAUUUAUGUCUCAUCGUGAUGAGGAUGUGACAGCUGACAGCUGGCGGCAGCACAGGAAGCAUGUUUUUGUGCUAAGUGAAGCAGGCAAACCCAUCUAUUCUCGAUAUGGCAGUGAAGAGGCUCUGUCAUCCACAAUGGGAGUCAUGAUGGCAUUGGUGUCCUUUGUCCAAAGUAGCGAUAAUAUCAUCCGCUCAGUCUAUUCAGAGGAGCACACUGUGGUGUUCUUACAAAAAGGGCCCCUAGUGCUCGUGUGUGUCUCCAGCAGUCGUCAGUCUGAGCAGCAGCUGCGUGGAGAGCUCCUCUACGUAUACUAUCAGAUCAUCAGCAUGCUCACGCAGGCCAGCAUAUCCCGCAUCUUUGAACACAAGAAAAACUACGAUCUGAGGAGACUCUUGGCAGGCUCAGAGAAGAUCCUGGACGGCCUCCUCAACCUGGUAGAUUCAGACCCCAGCUUCCUCCUCGCAGCAAUACACUGCUUACCCCUAGCCUCCUCUCUCAGGGACUCUCUCAGCCAGAUCCUGCAGAAAGCUAUCACGCCCAAUCUAGUUUUCUCCAUCCUCAUCGCCAAGAACCAGCUGCUCACCAUCGUCCAAGAGAAGACCGUCAUCGAGGACACCCGGCUGGAGCCUGCUGACGUCCACCUCUUGCUCAACCUCAUCGGAGCCUCCUCUGCCUUUCAGGCUGGGGAGAUCUGGACUCCCAUCUGCCUCCCUCUCUUUAAUCCUGACUGUUACUUUUAUGCAUACAUUUCUUACCUGGACCCUCCAGAAUGCACUGUUUGUUUGCUGCUGCUCUCGACAGACAAGGAAGCUUUCUACGCUGUAGCUGAGUGCAAGAGGAAGAUAGAGGAGGCCAUGGUGGCUCAGAACUCCCUGAGCCUCAUUGCCAAAGCCCAGUCAUACAGCGUGAGCCAGGUGGGCGUCUCAGACCUCAGACACUUCAUGUACAAGCCCUUUGAUGUUCCAGACAACUACCGCCAGCUCACUCAGUUCACCAGCCCAGAGAUGGAGGCGCCGUACAGCAGUGAGGGGGAGAAAAUGAGACUGCUCGACCUUUAUCGUUAUAUGCACAGCCGCAUCCACAGCACCUCACGACCCCUCAAGCUCAUCUACCAUGUCGCUGAGAGAGAAACUCUGCUAGCCUGGGUCACAAGUAAAUUUGAGCUGUACACCUGCUUCAGUCCUCUGGUGACAAAGGCCUGUGCUAUUACAGCUAUCACUAAACUUCUAAGGUGGAUUAAAAAGGAGGAGGACCGUCUCUUCAUCAGAUAUCCCCCGAAGUAUUCAACCACCCCAAACCCCAGCAAGAGCUCUCGAGGUGGAAAAUCUGACCAGCAAGACUCCACAGACAACGGCUUCUUGUCUCUUCUAUAGGACUCUCUUAUUGCUACAAUAGUGGCGGCUCUGCCUCAUUCAACAAUAGUUUGUACACUGGUUCCAAGAUAUUUUUGAACCCUGUUUUGACACCUGUUGGACUUGACAGACAUUGACUACUGGAAUCAAACACUACAUUUUACACUAUUUAAGAAGGAAUGAUCUCUUUGAAGCUAGUAUUAUUUCCUUACCUUAACAAGAAAGCAUGUCAUUGCAUCACUGCUUUCGAUCAGAAACAGUCAGGGCAAAACAGCAUUAGUACGUUUUAAAUUGAACUGUGGUAGAAUGUAAUUGCAAUGAUAUUUAAAUGUUUUUAUAUUGUUUUAUUACUGCAACAAGAGAGAAUAUUUUCUUUCUUGUGUAAGUUAAAAUGGGGUGAAAAAUGAACUUAAACUACCUUUCUCAGACUAGUUAUAACAUAUAGAUUUUUUUUUCAUGAUGACACAAAAACAUCCCAAUGUUAUGAAACUGGAUAUGCAAGUAUCGAAAGUAUGUUGUGUUUUUGGGCUCAGCAUAAAUCGGAAUAACAACUGGAACUGCCAGACCAGUGAUGAGCCGUCGUGUGUUAUGAUAGUGCAUGAACAGACAAAUCUAUGGAUUGGUUGCACAUCCCUGCGGCACAACUUGAAAACAUGGUGUUGUUUUAUAUCCCACUAAUGUUUCCACUCAAAUUUAAAACCAUCAGGUUUCAUUCAUAUUACAUUUUGGGCUGAAAAAACAAAUAGGAUAUCCCAGCCUGUUACACAUUAUCACUUUACAUAAUCAAUAUUUCCAUUGUUAGUGUUUUCAUUGAUAGAAGUCAAACCUUGUCAGUCUGGAAAUCAUCUAAGCUAAGACGAUGCCUCAGAGCUCAUGCAAUGUUUUUCUGCAGAUACUUCUUGUACAAUUAUCAGCUGACACCUGAUGUAGUGAGUUCAGGUACUUCUCUUUUUGGAUAAUAGUUUUGUAAAGAUGGUCUAUAAACAGUAGCCUCAUCCCUGUGUCCUCUGAGGAAUUUCCUGUCAAUUCAAGUCUUAAGAGUAUGUCUAUAGUAUUAUGAAAUAAAUCCCAGGUUGCACAAAUGUACACUUGUCCUAAUGAAGUAGAGAUGUAGUGAAUAAGCUUCAUUUAUUAUCUACCAGAUGACAAAUUAACAUUAAGUAAUGCUUGAUCUUGCAGUUCUGUAAUUUACAUAAUAAUGUUCUAGGAGUUUUCCUGGUAAGAUCUAUUUAGUUUGGUAUUAAUUGUAUCAAAAAUCAAUGCAGUUGGUAGAUUUCCAAUGAAUCGCUUUGUGUAAUCUACCAGAUAGUACCUGUACAAUUAGUACAAAAUUACAUAGCUCUUUCCAGGAAACACCAUAAGAAUUUAAAACGUAAAAUAAAGGGUUACCAACAUUUAAUUGAGA